UCGCCGGCAUGCAAAUGAGGCAACGUCACUUCCUGAGGCAGCUGAGCGCCAUCUUCUCUUUCUGGCGCGCGGGAGGAGGGACGGGCGCGGGGAGGGGGUCCCGCCGCGUAGGCGGAGGACGCGGCGGUGUUGCGACGGCAGCGGGACGCGGCGCUCCCGGCGCCCCGCGGAAAAUAUCAAAAAUGUUUCAAAUUCCUGUGCAGAAUCUUGACAGCAUCAGGAAGGUGCGGAAGAGGGUGAAAGGCAUCUUGGUGGAUAUUGGACUUGACAGCUGCAAGGAGCUGCUAAAGGAUCUUAAAGGCUUUGAACCAGGAGAGAAGUACUUUUAUAAUACAUCAUGGAGCGAUGUCUCCCUUUGGGAACCUUCUGGAAAGAAAGCGAGAUACCGAACGAAGCCGUACUGCUGUACUCUCUGUAGGUACUCAACAAAGGUGCUCGCUUCCCUAAAAAAUCACCUGCAUCGUUACCAUGAAGAUGAGGCUGACCAGGAGCUGAUGAUCCCCUGCCCCAACUGCCCGUUUUCUUCUCAGCCCAGGGUAGUGGGCAAGCACUUCAGGAUGUUUCAUGCGCCUGCGCGGAAAGUCCAGAACUACACGGUGAACAUUCUGGGUGAAGCGAAGACAUUAAGGAGUGAUGUGAUAAGCUUCACAUGUUUAAAAUGUAACUUUUCCAACACCUUGUACUACAGUAUGAAGAAGCAUGUGCUGGUGGCCCAUUUUCAUUACUUAAUUAACUCCUACUUUGGUUUGCGAACCGAGGAAACAGAGCAACCAAAAGCAAGUGACCCUGCUUCUGUGGAUAAAAUCCUGUCAUUUGACAAAUACUACUGUAAAAAAUGCAACGCUAUUGCCAGCAGUCAGGAUGCCCUGAUGUAUCACAUUUUGACAUCAGAUGUACACAGGGACUUGGAGAACAAGCUGCGGUCUGUGAUUUCAGAACACAUCAAGAGGACUGGGUUUCUGAAGCAAAUGCAUAUUGCUCCAAAACCAGUGACCCACUUGGCCUUACCGCCAAGUAGCAGUGCUUCGAGCAUUGCAGCCCCUCCGCCUUGCUUCCACCUUACUUUGCCACCGAACAGUCAAAGUCCUGGCACUGUGCAGCCAGUGACUGUGGCCCCAGGCACUUCUGGAAGCCUUACACACUCCCCACCCACCACUGCCCAGUCUCAUGUAGCUCUGGUCUCCAGCCCUUUGCCUGUAUGCCAGAAUAGCCUCACCCUGAAACCGUCAGCUCCCCCUCCUGUCUUUAUCUCUCACAGUGUUCCACUUAAUCAGCCUGGGAGUACUUCUGUGCUGCCUGUGAAUAAGUCUGUUAGAGCAAGCAUCCUUCCCAUGAAUCAAGCUGUACGCCCUGGAGUUUUACCCCUCACUCAGCCCAUGGGGUCUAUAAGUAGACCCGUGGGACCCAUAAACAGACCUGUUGGACCUGGUGUCUUACCUCUGAGUCCCUCUGUCAACUCAGGGGCUCUGCAGUCUGCUUCUCCAGGGGGGAUUUCUGUAGGUCGGGCGGUUCCAUCAGGAGUCCUUCCUGCUGGCCAGGUGGCCCCUGUUGGAGUGAUCCCUGGGCAGACAGCCACUUCUGGUGUCCUUCCCACUGGCCAAGUGGUCCAGUCAUCAGUUCUCCCUGUUGGCCAGACAGCUCCAUCUCGAGUUCUCCCUCCUGGCCAGACAGUGCCCUUGAGGGUUCUCCCUGCAGGCCAGGUGGUAUCACCCGGGCUGCUUUCAUCAAACCAGACUGUCCCCUCAGCUGUUGUCCCUGUGAAUCAGGGUGUAAGCUCUGGUGUUCUUCAGCUCAGUCAGCCAGUAACACCAGGAGUCCUUCCUGUGGGCCCACCCGUGAGGCCUGGUGUCCUGCAGCUCAGUCCGUCUGUCAGCACUAACAUCUUGCCUGUGAGCCAGCCAGUGAGAGCUGGAACCUCACAAAACACUACUUUCCUCACUUCAGGCUCUAUUCUCAGACAGCUCAUUCCAACUGGGAAGCAGGUGAAUGGAAUUCCCACCUACACACUGGCCCCAGUGUCUGUCACUCUGCCUAUGUCCUCCGGUGGAGGCCUUGCAACUGUCGCACCACCACCCCAGGUGCCAAUGCAGUUCUUGCCCUCAAGCUCGGGCACACAGAUGGCUAGCUCCCUGCCCAGCCUGCCCUCCCCACAGGUGCUAGUGAGCCCUGCCCCUAGUGUGUUUGUUCAGGCUACCUCACCUGUAGCAGAUGCAAAUCAGGCACUCAGACAGGCCAAGCAGUGGAAAACAUGCCCGGUUUGCAAUGAACUUUUCCCUUCCAAUGUCUACCAGGUUCACAUGGAAGUGGCUCACAAGCAGAGUGAGUCUCAGCUCUGCCGGGUUUGCAAUGAGCUGUUUCCUGCUAAUGUCUACCAGGUGCACAUGGAAAUGGCUCACAAUCAGAGUGAGUCCAAGUCUGGUGAGAAACUUGAACCUGAAAAGCUUGCUGCAUGUGCCCCGUUUCUGAAGUGGAUGAGAGAGAAGACGGUGCGCUGCCUCUCCUGUAAGUGCCUGGUCUCGCAGGAGGAGCUGAUGCACCAUUUGCUCAUGCAUGGCUUGGGAUGCCUGUUUUGUCCGUGCACUUUCCAUGAUGUCCGGGGCCUUGUGGAGCACAGCAGGACUAAGCACCUGGGCAAGAAGAGACUGUCUUUGGAUUAUAGUAACAGAGGUUUCCAGCUGGACCUGGAUGCCAAUGGGAACUUGCUCUUCCCCCAUCUUGAUUUUAUCACCAUACUGCCACGAGAAAAGCUUGGAGAGCGAGAGGUGUACCUGGCUAUUCUUGCUGGAAUACACUCCAAGUCACUGGUACCUGUGUAUGUUAAGGUGAGGCCUCAGCCCGAGGUUUCACCAAAGUUGCCUAGCAAACAGAAGCUGACCUGCCCCUUUUGUUUUGGCACAUUUGUGACUGCUGAUGCCUAUGAGCUCCAUCUGAAGGAGAGGCACCAUGUCAUGCCCACAGUCCAUACAAUGCUCAGGUCUCCAGCCUUUAAGUGCAUCCACUGCUGUGGGGUCUACACUGGAAAUAUGACCUUAGGAGCCAUUGCUGUCCAUUUGCUCCGUUGUAGAAGUGCUCCCAAGGACAGCAGCUCAGACCUGCAGGGCCAGCCAGGUUUUAUUGAGAGCAGUGAACUGCUGUUGGUUAAUGGGGAAGUGAUCCCUGACUCCACCUUUGCUGUAAAGAGAAAGCUGCCAGAAGGGCACCUGGGGGCGGAAGACCAGAGGGCUGGGGACAAGCCCCAGCUCACUCUAGACACCGAUGAGGUCCCAGGUCCAGAGAGAGGACUGAGUGCUGUGCCUUUGAAGAGACAGAAGAAUGAGAGCAGGACAGAGGGGUCAGGGGCCAGUGAUGACUCUCUGCAGGUGUUAGCAUUGGAUCCUAACAAGUAUGGAGGCCGCUCCUAUGAGGACAAAAAACAGUUUCUUAGAGAUUAUUUCCACAAGAGGCCAUAUCCGAGUAGAAAAGAAGUGGAAUUAUUGUCUUCACUCUUAUGGGUGUGGAAAAUCGACGUGGCUUCGUUUUUUGGGAAAAGAAGGUAUAUUUGCAUGAAAGCAAUAAAAACUCAUAAGCCCUCUGUGCUUCUAGGUUUUGAUAUGUCUGAACUAAAAAAUGUCAAACAUAGUCUGAACUUCGAGUGUGAAUCACAGGCUCUGUAGAAGACUAGGUCUGAAGUUUGGCUGACUUUGGAUGCCCCCCCCCCCCCAGCUUUAUUCUCAGUGUCUGAGGCUCUUCAAGGGGUUCCAGGUGCUCAGAAAGCCCAAGAAGGAAGCACACCCUUCCGCAGUAGGACUGCUCCCUGCAGUUUUGUUUGCAACUGUUUUAGUUUCUCCCGGUCAUGUAUAUGUAAAUUAAAUAUUUGGUAUUCCAUGCACGCCUUGUUUUCCCAGGAGUGUCAGUGUCAACAGUAACAGCCUGGAAUCUACAAAUACUUAUUUUUUUCAUUUUAGGAAAUUUCUGCUUGUUUGAGAAUACUUGAUUAAUAGAAAUAAAAGCAUUGCCCAGCCUCAAUCUACAGACAGCAGCUAACGUCCAUGUUGAGAGGAGUGAGUGCUCUGGUGUCUAUGGUCCUAAGGACAUGCUUUUAAGCAUUAACUUCUGCUGAUUCUGUGAAUGCUGUUUGCUUAAGAGUACAAAUUGAACUACAACUUUUUAGGUUUUCCCUGACAGGUAUUUUUUUUUAAAUACCAUAAUUCAUAAAACAAAUGUUUCCAUUUAUUAAAAAUAUCCUGAGCCUGAGGUCUGGUGUGUAGUGAAUCAUCAAGUGUUGCUUUAUAAAUAAAGUUUCUGUAGGAACAGAAAUGCUAUACGGUGCAAAUUGUCCUUUGCUAUGGCAAGUCAUUGCUCCAUUCAAAGGUAUGACGAGUCUUUAGUGCCUUAGGAUAACUGAAAACGCUGAGAGUGCAGCCUUCCUAGGGACUGCUGGUUAGCUGGUAGGAAGGAAGGACCACUGACACAUGGGAUUCCUGCUCUUGCAUUUAGACACAACUUGGGGUGGAGUACAGGUUUCAGGCAUAAGUGACAGGCAGACCAGGAGUUCUGUCUUCAGUUAGAAUAGGUCGGGGUAGGAGUGUUAGAGAUGGAGAAACAGGCUUUCCUCUGGCCCAUGUGUUCAGAUGGAUGGGGUGGUGGACUGAUGAACCUCCACAGUCCUGUGGAUGCCAAAUUUUGUUUCUCACAUGAUAUGAAAUAAUGUAAAGCACGAGAAGUGGUAAUGAGGACCAGCCAGCUCUGGUCAGAAUCAUCCCUCUGAUGCCCAGCAAACAGGGAUGAUGGCCUCUGGGAAGCACUGCAGUGUUGCUAUGUAGAGUUUUAAAAAUAGAAUACUUGCAUGUAAUUGCUCUAUUGUGCAUUUCAAGGCAGUUGUCUUUGAUUAUUUGUGUACUCUGUUGUAAAUUCAGAGCUUGUUGAACUUUAUUUUUUUUUAUUAUUUCCAGAGUGUCUAUUUUUAAUUAAAAUUUGUUAAA